CUUCAGAGAUAGAAAAAAACACCAAAACUGAUUUGCAACUGCAGUCAGAUGCUGAUCUGUUAACCAAGAUGCAAGAAUCACCAUUGACGGCCACAGUAUUUAUAGCAGCACCACUAGUAAAAAAUCACGCCUUGAAGAUAAUUGGACAAGAUAAGCAUUUAGGAGAAUGGGAGAAGCCUCAAGGAGAAUUCGAGAUAAUUUUACAAAUCAGUACAGACAUAUUCAUCUUUAAGGGAACUGUUCCGAUUCCUGCAUUGCCCGGAUCAAAAUUCAAAUUUGUUCACGUCAACAUCAAUGACCAAAAUAAAGAGUAUGAAGGUCGGGGACCAUGUGACAAUCGCGAAGAAGAAUUGUUACCUGACUCGUGGAAUUUUUUCGUAUUCAAGCGGAAACGCGAGUCCAUUGUCGGGAUGUGGCACUGGUUAAGUCCAACAACACUUUGUCCAACAACGUUUCUCCACAAGUCGGAGACGAAAAGAAGAAUAGCAUCUGAUUUCUGCGGUAUUUUAUUCAACCACACUGUCUCAAAUGUUUUGCCAGACUGGGAUAGUGCCUUUGAAUUUUUGAGUGAUGGCAUUCAAAAGAUACGAAAGGAAGUAGGCUCUGAUUCAUCCGACGGUUUUCGUGCCUUUCUAACCCUGCGUCUUCAGAAUCCAGAACUUCAAGUCAAUUUGAAUCAUAUGUUCUUACUCACAGCAGGGGCCUGCAGGAUGGACGUAUUUCCAGAGAAAAUGAAGAAAGUUUUGGAAGCCAGAAGCAAAGAAUUCUCGAUUUAUUUGCACAACUUUAGAAAUCUGAAGCGAAAACGUCAAGAUCUUAUUGCCAUACUCGAACACAUCGCCAUCAAUGCUGGACGCAAUUUCUGGUGGAUUUUAUUUCGUAUUAAUCGCCAUUUUGAAGUGCUUAGAAAUACCAAAAAUCAAGAGGUAACCGUGGCAAUCCUGAAGACACUUCAAGAUAUUCCACAGGUGUUGCUAAAAAAUCAAGAAAGCACAACUAGAAUCGUCGAAUAUUUAAUCCGAUGGAAAGACAUUGACGAUUUAUAUGCUGAUCUACGUCCCGUGUUCGAAUAUGAACAAAGUGUGAAAUAUCAGCAAUUUUUAGAUACACUUCUGCUAACAAAUCUCUUGCUCCACAAAACGACUGUUGAGGAUUUUUUUAAAAUUCUCAAUUCAAAACUUCUGGAAAACAUUUUCCAGCGCAUCUUCAUCGCUACAGUCCCACGCAGUGCGAACCUCAGUGCAAAUGUUGAAACAGUGCCAACCAUGCCUUCUAGUAUCACCGUCGACGAACCAACUGAUUCGAAUCAUCCGCAGUCCAAUGAUGUGGCCUUACUCUUCAAUGAGACAAUGCGAAAAAUUUUCAACCAAAAGCCUAUGGAUGUUUCAAGACUAGCUAAUUCUACACCCGAUUAUUUACUACCGUUCGUCGUGCCUAUUGUCGAAACGAAAUUGAAAACGCUCUCAAGUUUUAGCUGGGAAGACUAUCGCUACUUUGCCCAACAAGAAGAUAUUAAUUUCGUCAAUUUUCCUCAAUCUAAACAAGGGAUCGACGCCAUGGUUUCGAAGAUGACUGUUGACCUUGUGAAAUCAGGAUCGUUUCAGGACGUUGCUUCAUUAAAACUAGUCUUGCUAGGAUUGACUGAAAUUGAGGGUAGCAUUCCUUUUCUCAAGCGCCCAAAGAUAGUAGAUCUCAGAGAAGUUAUGAGCAGUUUGCCUCUAAAAUUCUUCCAGAAUCUGCACUCUGUUGUGAAGAAACAUGGAACUACGGUCGACAAAACUUUGAAACCUUACCGCAACGGAAGCACACGGAGCGUAGUUGUGCAGCUAGAGAAUCACUUUGACCAGCUAGACGAAAUUCUUAAGAAAAUCCAAAGCCGGAAAGUUCCACUGAUUGAAUUGGCAAGUCUCAAUGAUCCACAAGUACAAGAUUGUUUGAAGAAUCUUGGUCUGACAGAAUGUAAACAAGUUAAAUUUCGCCAAGAAGUCGAAGAAUUGAGACAACGACAUUGCCUGUACGCCUUUCUCUACAGCAGAUAUUCCCGUUCUGAUGUGAUCACCCAAAAUCCCGAAGACAGCCAUGAAGAUGACGAUGCAAAUGUCAGCCAUCUAAAAACCACUCAACUCUUUGAUUCCAAAGAAUGGGAGGCUUACCUGAACGACAUUGAUUCAGAGAUGAGUAAUUUAACUCUGGAAGAAGCCUUAUCAUUGCCGGUACCUCUAUCAACCAUUUCUGCACAAUGGCUGUUUGGACUCAAGGAUUGUGCUUUGUUUACUGAAAAAGUAUGGCUUCCAAACGUCAAGUCUCAGGUUAUUUAUCCAUUGUGCAAAGAAGAUUUGAAAGUCUUCGUACGUGAAUGCGCCGCCAAAUGGAAGGAAUUGGCCAGCACCGUUGCCCGCGGAACCGUUUCAUUCAAGCAAAUGGAUGAAAUCAGCAAAUUACAACCGGAUCCCAAUGUUCUUUCGCAAAGUCAUCUGACGCCUCAACCAGUUAAAGGCGUUGCAAAAGCAUACAAGGAUUUCCGAAAUCUUCAAGAUUUACGACACCUCAUCGGCCCAUUUGUGACGGCUCUUCGAUUCUUCUCGAUCAAAGAAAAAGGCCCCAUCGACAGUCUGUACGAUUUCGUGUGCAAAAACUUGUUAAGAAAUUGGGAUAGUACGACUUUGGUCCAGAUCGCAGAAACGGGAAUUCUCCGACUAGUGAAUGAAGAACUGAACAUCGACUUGGAACGACCCGAAACACGGAAUGCAAUGCAGUUUGUUGGUUCCCUAACAACCAAAAAGGAAAAUCGUUCUCCGCUUAUAGAAUGGCUGAGAGAAAAGGACGAAAAAGACAUGGAAGCUAUGGGGAAAAUUUUACAAGGAACUCUGUUGGAGGCCUACGGUCAGCUGCAGACUCUCAGAACUCGGAUCGCUCCUUUUCUGCACAACGAAUUCAAUACGUACCAGGAAUUGUUGCUAGAAGUUCGUAACUCAGAAGAACGUUUUGCCCAGCGCCUUUCUGGCCGCGUUCAGCCGAUUGAUUGCAAUUGGCUUACGGAAAUUCUUCCCGAAAUUCAAGCUGCUAUUCGCGCCAGUAUAAUUUCACCAUCAGAAGAUGCGAAAGAGAAACUAAUCAAGCUCCGACAAGUUGCUAUCAAUCCCCAAAACGAAUCCUACUCGAUUGAAAUUCGCUUGGAACAGACAGGAUCGCUUUCAAUGGAAGAACUCAAGCAAGCUUUCCAGCUGCUGGACAUGACCCUCAUGGAUGACGAUGUCGAUAGCCAAUUCCUUGCUAGCCGAAUUCGAAGAAACGUUGGGCUAAUCGAGAAACUGGCAGAAGUUUUCGGUCAUCUUUUCGUCUCUGGGUGCAUCAGAUACACUUUCAGCGAUCGAAUUGUCAUUGAAUUGGACGAUUUGGAAAACGAAAUUCAACUCAUGCGUGAGCAGCUCGAAAGUUGGACUCAUCAUUGGAAAGAAGUCGAAGGAUUGCCCCUUUUAGCGCUCUUCUCUCGCGAUUAUCUGCUUCAGCUGGCCGACUUGAUUGGCCGAAACAAAGUAGAAGAUGUCCUGUCGAUUUUAAGGAUUUUACUGCCAUCACCAUCAUUGAAAAUGGAGACGUUAGUCGUUCAACUGGUUCAACGGUCCCCUCGCAUCGACGACGACGAAGAUUGGCUCUCAACCGCCAAACUGUUUCAAAUUCUUCGAGAUAUGCAUCAACUAAUUGAAGUCGUGUUUCGUGAAAGAAGCCCAGAGUUCGUCCUCCCGCCAUUUCUCGUUUCCUAUGGUCGGACCCUACAGCUACACUUCAUUGACAAAGCAGUCGUUAUUUUAAACGUUUCGCGAGAACUUUUGGUUGGAACUGCAUUGGCCGCCUACAUCUCACUGACUCGUCAGCCCAUUGAACCCAGCCGAAUUCUUUUCGUGACGACAAACACGGGAAAAAUUGAGGUGGAACGAUUCAUGAAACUUUGGUCUGUGGCUAACGUUGCCCAAGACUUCUUCGUGAUUGUGCACAUGGAGAGACUUUCUGCCGCUGCUGCAAAUGCUGUCCGUGAAGGUGUGGAUCGAGUUUUACCGGAAAACCAAUGUAAGCUCCUGCUACUGGCUCAGCAUCAUCACCGUGUCCAGUCAACGAAAGCACUCGGCGCUCGACUCGGUCUCGUUUCCGACCGUCUGAUUGAAAUCAACUUUACAGCCGACCAUUUGCGGCAGUGCUUUUCAAUCCUUUUGCCCAACGCAGUGAAUCUUCAUUUCUUCACGUCAAAAUUUCCAGGUUGUGGCAAAAGUCAACAAGCGAUGCGAAAAGCUUCGGACCUGAUGUCACUCCCCGAUUAUUAUCGCAUUUGUGUAAGAACCGGAUCCGUCGAAGAAUUGCUGGCCAGCUUGAAGAAAAUAGAAAACCUUUCCAGUCAGUCGAGGAAACGCGCUGUUUUUCUUCAUCUGGAUGUCGCCCACUCCGUGUCGCUCGAGUUCAACGACAUUUUGCUCUCAUUACUCAUCCAUGGAGCCCUUUACGAUCCCAAAAAGGCCAAGCUAGGAUAUUGGACGAUCUCUCCACAGACCACCAUCGCUCUGGAAUUCGCCUCGCCUUAUGGACCGGACGAAUUUCCCGUCAUUUCUUACCUUGGAGAACACCACGUUUGUGAAUGCAGCAAAUCCUUUUUCACGUACGAUUUACCCGUGAUGCCACGGAUCCUUGGCCAGCAAAUUACAGUCAACCGCUCCAAUGCCCUUGUAGCGGCUGGAAAGUUCCUCCAACUCAAAGAAGCUGGACUAGAAGGAUUACGCGUGUGGGAUGAUCUCUCUUCACUGCCCGAAACCAUCACUGUAGAUCCUCUACCGGCAGAAGUAACUUUUGAUCUGUUAGCGGCCGCCUUCCAGCAUUCAGAAAAUCGAAAUGCUCCCACUUUCAGCGCCCUGAAUGCCAUGGCCUCCUUUCUUUAUCGCCAUAUCUCGGCCAUGAUGAAAUGUGUGUGGUUCAAUAGCUCGGCUGUUCACCUGUUUGAGCGUGAAGAUUUGGCUCAACUCUUCAAGCUGAAUGUUUUCAACAUGCUUCAAAAAGUGGCCAAUGACAGCAUUGCCCGGUGCUGGUCAAUAGUCGAUCAGGGAAGGAAAAUGGCAGAGAUGGAUUGGAUCAACCGUCAACGAGCUAUGAUCUUGCUCGGAGUCGACGAGGAUGGAUUGUUCACCGGUAUGAACAUUGUCGGACGUGACGCGGUCGCCUUGAAAAGUAUGUUUCACGCCAGCUUGCUGCCCAUUCUGGAGCUGCAGUGUCUGCGGUUUCAGGAGCUCCAUGGAUUUAGAAAUUUGAUUGAAACCACACACGGCGCCGAAGUUAUUCUGAACGCAAUGAGAUCGCUCUUGCUCCUGGACGGAACCGCCUCCAGUGCUGUGAAAGUCACUCAACUGGACAGCCACCCUAAAAACACUCCAGCUAGUCUACGUUUAAGCCAACUUACUAAGCAGGAACAAGGGUACGUGCUGACGGGGGAUAAUAUCACGAAAAUGAUGUUCGCUCUUUAUCGGAUUCGCUGUGGCCUGCCCGUUGUUGCCUUUGGAGAAGCUGGCGUUGGCAAAAGUGCUCUUUUCCGAUUCCUGAUUCAGACGUUACUGGGGCACACAUUCGAAGUGUGUAACGUGAACAGCGGAACUACAAUUCAAGACGUGACGGAGAUUAUCGAGUCGGCAAUGAGAAACGCCAUGAAACCCGGAGCUCAAAUCUUUCUAUUUUUCGACGAAAUGAACACGGCCGAUCCUCCUGUCAUCGCUUUCUUCAAAGAGUUGAUGCUCGAUCGCCACUACCGUGGAACUAUUCUGCCCGAAAAUGUGCAUCUAAUGGGCGCCGCCAAUCCUUACCGACACUUGCACGAAGUUGACAAAGAAGCCGCUGUUGGACUGGCUUUUCGCUUUGCCCAGCCAACCCAAAACGACGAUGGGAGCAACACUGGAACUGACGUGCGGAGUUUGGUGUACCGCGUCAACGAGUUACCGCUAGCCUUUUAUGAUCACAUUUACGAUUUCGGUCACCUCUGCAACGAAGCCGAGAACACCUACAUUGAUGAAAUUUGUCAACACGGACUGCCGAAAUCGAAAUUCCAUGUGGAUUGCGUCAAAUGGUUCUCCGAUCUCAUUAAAAAAAGUCACCGAGUAGCUAGAGCGUUGAGUGUCGAUCCUGAUUCAGCCGUGUCCCUUCGUGAUGCUGCUCGAGCUGUCCAACUCUUCCGCUGGUUUUGUCAAGCGCCGGCAGCUCAAAAAAUGUCCAAAAAUGAUGCGAGAAAAGCCGCAGAUUUGACCAUCUAUCUGGUCUACGCAUUUCGGUUUCACCAACGCAAGAUUUUUUUGGAGAAUGUCUUUGGAAAAAAUCAAUCCGCAACCAAGAAUAUGACGGAAGUGUCCAGAAUUAUCGCCGAAAUGCUGUACGAACAGGCGCACGGAGCUUCCAUUGGCUCCGGCGCCAUUGCAUUGAACGACGCCCUUUGUGAGAAUCUUUUCGCCUUGUACGUUUGCGUACUAAAUGGAAUUUUCUUGAUUAUUGUUGGACGCCCCGGAUCAUCGAAAUCUUUGUCAGUGGAAAUCCUCAAGCUGGUUCUAUCUCCUGGCAAUCACACACUCCGGCACAGUUUAGGAGAUUUGCCGGCCAUCACUGAACUUUAUUUCCAGUGCUCUCCGAUGUCAACAUCUUCCGGAUUCAAAGCCCUUUUUGAAUCGGCCCAGCGACUCGGUGUUGACCCGAAGACUAUGCUGGCCAUGGUGGUGCUGGAUGAACUCGGCCUGGCUGACAUAUCACCAGAAAAACCAAUCAAAGUGUUGCACGCCGAACUAGAACGCCAAUCAGUUUUGACAUCCGGCGAAAAGCAACAAUCCCCCUUUUCGGUAGUUGCCCUCAGUAAUUGGGUGGUUGACGCUGCCCAGGUGAAUCGUGGUAUCCUGAUUUUACGCACGCCAGCUAAUAAAAAGGAUCUACUGGAAUCGGCCAAUCAGUUGGCUGAUUCUUUAAUCGCCAAAUACGCCAAAGACUCGGAUAGGAUGCGCAUCCGUCAGACGCUGAUCGAAAGCCUAGAGAGUGUUGUCAGCACCUAUCAAGAACUGGAUAGAAGAGAAGACAUCGGUGGCGGACAUUUUUUCUCCAUGAGAGAUUUUUUCUUCUGCGUCAAGAAUUUCGUCUGCUCGGUUUUCGAGACUGUCAGUCGUCUGGGAGAUGUGGGCGAUGUUCGUAUUUCUCGACAUCUUUUGAUUCAGUCGGCUAUUCGCAAUUUUGGUGGUCACGAAUAA